AUGACUAGACGGGUGAUUCCCCAUUCCGAAUCCGCAGAGUCGGUCGACGACGCGCAGCACGUAUCCAGGCGCAUCUACUCCACGGGGUUUGGCAUUGCCGUCCGCACAGGACACCCGCAAUCGCAAGACAACGAUCCGGAAGCAGGGGUGAAGAAGGUCUUCUACACAAUCGUGACGACAAAGCUGCUCAUCCCGGGCGACGGCGAGCCUAUCAAGGAUGCCGCUCUUGUAGUCAAGAACAAGAUUAUCGACUGGGUUGGGCGACAGGCCGACCUCCCCAACGAGUACACCGAGAAGCCUCAUAAACUGCACAAUGUGCCUUAUCUGAUGCCCGGCCUCUGGGACUGCCAUGUGCAUUUCGCCGGAUCAAAUGACGAGAGGGAGGCAGAAGAGGGCUCGGCGGGCCUGAGCUUUCUCGCAGAUCACCCUACUACAGCUGGCGCACGUCUUGCAAGAGGCUGUUGGGACGCAAUCCAAAGAGGCUACACGUCCAUGAGAGACCUUGCAGGCUUUGGAUGCGAAAUAUCCAAGGCAAUCGAGGACGGAGUCAUCAUCGGCCCAAACAUUUACAGUGCCGGAGCCUGUCUCAGCCAGUUGGCUGGCCACGGUGAUGUUUUUGCCUUGCCGGCCGGAGACGCUCUUCUGAACCUGGGGGUUGCGUCGGUCAAGGCCGGCCAAUUCGGAGCCGGUAUGAGCUGCUUGGUCGAUGGGGUUGAUGAAUGUCGUCGGGGGGUCAGACUGCAGAUUCGCCGCGGAGCAAAGUGCAUCAAAGUCAUGGCGUCUGGCGGAGUCCUGUCGCGCGACGAUAACCCUCUAUACGCCCAAUUCAGCCGGGAAGAGCUGGACACAAUCGUGUCCGAGGCGAAGAGAAUGGAGAGGACGGUCGCCGCCCACGUCCACGGGAAGCCGGGCAUCCUCCAGGCCGUUGAGGCGGGCGUGACCUCGGUCGAACACGUAUCAUUCGCUGACCAAGAGUGUAUUGAUCUGAUUAAGGACAGGGGAAUCAUAUUUGUAGGCACCAGGACGAUUGUCAACCUGCUUCUCGACAGCAAGGGCGAGGGGAUGCCCAAGAAGAUGUGGGAAAAGGCCAAGUUGGUUGGAACGCACUCCCUGGAAGGUUACAAAAAGGCCAUCGAAGCAGGCUGCACGAUUGCGCUUGGGACCGAUACCGAGCCCGGAUUCAACAUGGCCAUUGAGCUUCAAUAUGCUGUCGAGGCCGGCAUGUCCAGCUUGGAGGCUAUCAAGGCUGCCACUGCCAACGGGCCAUUGACUGUUGCUGGGCAGGCUCCUCUGACGGGCCAACUAAAGGCCGGCUAUGAGGCUGACAUGAUUGGUGUUUGUGACAAUCCAGUAGAGGAUGUGAAAGUGCUGCAGAAGAAGAGCAAUAUUGGAUGGGUAUGGAAGGGCGGAAAGCUGUUUAAAGGUCCGGGAAUUGGUCCUUGGGGAGAGGAGUUGUGA